GUUUUGAAAUAAGUUAUUGCCACAACAAAGAGAGAUUAAAAAAUAAAGAGAGGAAAAAAUACUUUGAAAAGGAAAAAAAGACAUACCAUAUUCAGAAUCUACCAUGUAUUCUUCUCCUAGUUCUUGGAGCUCAUCACAAGAAUCAUUCUUAUGGGACGAGAGUUCUUUCUUAGAUCAGUCAUCUAAUCAUCAAUCCUUCUUUUCUGUUGAUUAUAUUUACUCCGAUGACUCAAAUCAUCAAUCUUUUCUUUGCCCUAGUUACAAUUACUCCAAUGACUUUUUCUCAUUUGAGUCACCGGAGAUGAUGAUUAAAGAAGAAAGCCAAAACGCCGACGUUUCUAAUUCCGAGGAGGAAGAAAAGAUUGGUAGUGUUAUUGAUGAAGAGAAGUCAUACAGAGGAGUGAGGAAAAGGCCAUGGGGAAAAUUUGCAGCAGAGAUAAGAGACUCGACUAGAAACGGGAUUAGGGUUUGGCUCGGGACGUUUGACAAAGCCGAAGAAGCAGCUCUUGCUUAUGACCAAGCGGCUUUUGCAACAAAAGGAUCUCUUGCGGUUCUCAACUUCCCCGUGGAAGUGGUCAGAGAAUCGCUCAAGAAAAUGGAGAAUGUGAAUCUUGAGGAUGGUGGAUCUCCAAUACUGGCCUUGAAGAGAAAGCAUUCACUUCGAAACAGGCCUAGAGGGAAAAAGAGAUCUAAUUCUCUUUCUUGUUCUUCUAAUUCAUCUUCCUCAACAUCUUCUUCUUCCUCAUCUUCAACAUCAAGAUCAAGAAAUGAUAAGCAGAGUGUUGUGAAGCAAGAAAGUAGUACACUUGUGGUUUUUGAAGAUUUAGGUGCCGAAUAUUUAGAGCAACUUCUUAUGAGCUCAUGCUGAUCUGGUAACUGAUUUCAGCUUAUAGCUAUCAUUAAACUUUUCUAAUUCGGGGUAGUUUUGAAAUUUAUUUUUUCAUUUUUUAAAUUUCUUAGUUUCUCUUAUUUUUCCUUUGUUGUAUCCAAAUGAAAUUAUUGGAAGAGAUGUGAUGUUGAUGUUGAACUGUAUAAAAAACGCUAUUAUUGUGUUA